AUGCCUCUCGCAACAAUCCACCUGAUCUCCCUCACGAGGUCUACCAGCAUCUUCUCCUUCCUCGAAGCCCUCCAAUCCACCUCCCUCCAACCCCUCGUUGUCAGUAAAGUGAUCCGCUGGAUAAUCACGCCUACAAAAAUCGACGCGCCAACACUCCUCCGCCCCUCGAAGCCAUGGGACCUUCUUCUCAUCGUGCUGGGCAACGACGAGUUGUCGCCUUCUCUCAAAUCUCAAAUUGAAUGCCAUUGGACCACCUCAGCAGGCAUACCCUCGCGACUGACUAAGGGCUUCCCCUCCGCCAACGACAAACUCUUACACCCGUCUCCAUCAUCCGUACCCGCGCUGACAGGCUCCCUGGAUAACCCGCGCAUGGGCCCUUCUUCGCAAACGCUCGAGAUGUCCUCCGACCUCUCUAAAUGGAUCAACUCCUUCUCACAGACACACACAGGUAAAGCGCCACUGUCCAUGCUGAAUCUGCUCGCCUUCAAGCCCGGCAUGAAACCCUCGUAUCUACAGUACGGUAAAGCGUUCGCCGAAACCAUCGGCGCACGGCGCGGAGGCAAUGCAAAGCUCGUGGGCAACAUUGUCACGCAGACGCCGAGGGAGCAGAGCGGUGGGGUGUGGGAUGAAUUCGCGCUCGCGAGUUAUCCGUCAAUAUUGCAUUUUGCGGACAUGUUGAGCAGCGAAGACUAUCAGAGCGUGAAUCUCAAAUAUCGCGUGCCGGCGCUCGAGGAUACGUUCAUUCUGUGUACGAGUGAGAUUGAGGUGGAGGAUUUGAUGAGGAUUGGGAAGAGGGCGAUGGGGAAGUUGUAG